AUGGACAAUGGCCCAGCCCUGCCAGAUAGCCUGGUGCUGGAGAUCUUCCUGCGUCUCCCCCAUGACACUGUGCUGAGCGCUGGCCUUGCCUGCAGACAGUGGUUGGCCGUGUCCAGAGAUGAGUUCCUGUGGAGGGAGCUGUUCUACAGCUACUACAGAAUCCCCCGCUCUGUGCCCAGACACCCUGGUAGGUCACAUAGAACACCAGGCAGCAGGGUUGGGCUAAUUCCAUUCAAACCCAACCAACACAGGAAAUGAUGUUGAUUUCAGCUAAUGAAUGGUUCCAUCAUAGGAAAGGAUGGACACUUUUCAAUUUAUAAAGGAGGAAAGUAUUGCACUCAACAACAAAAAAAUGUGUACUGUAAAAACUAAUGUGCCAGCACACAGUGCCCUUGUCCAGUUCCUACUUGAGGUAAUUAUUAUUGCAGUACUGAGUCACUGAUAUCUUGUGUUAACUGUUGCUCAUUGGCUUGAAGUACUGUCAUCGCUGAUUUGCAUAGAUGUUUGACUUCUUCCUCCUGUCUCUGGGCCUAGCUGCUCUGUCGUGGUACAGGGAGUUCAAGCGUCUGUUUGACUGUAUCCCCUGUGUGGAGGUCCAGACUCUGAAAGAGCACCAUGACCAGGUCCUCCACCUGGCCUUCUCCCACCGCGGACACCGCUUCUCCUCCUGCUCCAAAGACUGCACCGUCAAGGUCUGUCACAUUAUAUGACUGGAGAAGACAGUAGCUUUAGCCUAGGGACAGGGAUAAGCCAAAUAAAGAUGUUGUAUUCCACAACAACAGUCGCAAUGAUACAUUUUUGCCCCAAGGCCAAUGUUAGCAUAAUGUCCCAAAUGGAUCCUUGACUGCUGUUAUGCAAAAACUAAAAUAUAAGUAUUUGUCAAUAUUACAGCACAGGAACCAUUGUGGACCUUCAUUCAAGCUUGUAGUGCCUAAAAAUGUGAUGUAGGGGAAACAAAUAAAAUUGUAGAGAUUUGCACAUCAUGGCUGUAGACAAAAUGUAUUGGUCACGUACACAGUUUAGCACAUUAUAGUGGGUGCAGCGACAUGCUUGUUUCUAGCGCCGGGCAGUGCAGUAAAAAUGUCAAACAAGUACACAAAUAAUAAUCAAAAACUAGAAACAAGAAAUCACGAAUGUCAGGAUGAAUCCAGUUAACCCAAAUAUACUGCUUGUCUCUCUCAUUAUCUAACAUCCUCCUCUCUCCUGCCUGUGCUGGUCAGCUUUGGGACACAGAGCGGCCCGAUGGCACCAUCACCAUGGUGCACAGCUCCAGCAUGCGCCAGUUCAACUGGGGCUACACCCAGUUCUCCCAGUUCAACGGUGACGACACCCUGCUACUGGUGUCUGGAGUCUACCUGGGCCCUCAUCACUCCUCCUCUGGGGAGAUCGCUGUCAUCAACUUGGGUAGGACACACACACUCUCCUGCUUUUGUCUCCUUCCUUGUCUUCCUUGUCUUCCUCUACUCGCUCUUUCUCUUGUGCUUUCAUUGGUCAUUUUUCUGGAAAGUGCAUCACAAAGCCUAAUUUCCUUUGUUAAAGGCCAAUGACGUUACGACACACAGACAUUGUGAUUCGUGUGGGACAUAGAUGGAGCACAGUAUGAGGAAAUGUGGAGGAAAACUAAAUGACAUACACAGCACACUUUAAUUAUAACUAUAACUGUUAAGCAACUAACAUUUCCUCACACUUCUUUUUACAUGCAAAACAGGUCUUAAAGUUACAUAUUUGCUCUGACACACCCAAGCCAGACCAUAGCUACUACAACCAGUGGAGGCUGGUGGGAGGAGCUAUAGGAGGACAGGCUCAUUGUAGUGGCUGGAAUGGAAUUAAUGGAACGGAGUCGAACAUGUGGUUUCCAUAUGUUUGAUACUGUUUCAUUUAUUCCAUCCAGCCAUUACAAUGAGCCCGUCCUCUUAUAGCUCCUCCCACCAGCCUCCACUGACUACAACCCAUUUCAAUUGUGCAAGUGCAUCCGUGAAAACACAAAGAAUCUUACCACACCUGCGGCAUAAUACAGUACUGUUGCAACAUAUUAAAUAGGCCUACCUGUAUUCAUGAACUUAUCUGUCCUUUUGAAAGAUAACAACAUAUCUCAUAUCUAUAAUGUAACAAUAAUAUUUGUUAUUCUCACACUCUAAGUCACGUGUCAAACACAAGGCUGGCCUGUGAUGCAUUUCUAUCCAGCCCGCGCAAUGAUUUGGGUUGUCAAAUAAUUUAUGCCCGCUUCCAUCCUGCCUGUGACGUGCUGCACUACAGGUCACAGCAUGCACUGCGAAACCUCUUCACAGACACACCCACACCCAGACAUGAGCCAGUCAGUGUUUUGUAUUACAUCAUCACUAAUGGUACUGACCGAAUCUUUUACUGGACCGGAUGUUGAAAUGUGUUGUAGGCUAAAUGUAGAUGCCAAGUUUCAGUUCCAACGGGUCAUUGCUGUAGCCUACAGAAAAUGUAAUCUUGUCAAAAAAUUAUAAGAUAAAGGAUUCACUCACGGGUAAAUUACUACUAAAGGACAAUAGGACAGACACGUGAGUAUAAAUGAUUCAACAGUUGAGUCAUCUACUUUAUGAAAUUACAGCCUGAUGCGCUCGCACCGGUGAAUUCAACUUACAUUUACAGUGAGGGAAAAAAGUAUUUGAUCCCCUGCUGAUUUUGUACGUUUGCCCACUGACAAAGACAUGAUCAGUCGAUCAUUUUAAUGGUAGGUUUAUUUGAACAGUGAGAGACAGAAUAACAACAAAAAAAUCCAGGAAAACGCAUGUCAAAAAUGUUAUAUACAGUGGGGAAAAAAGUAUUUAGUCAGCCACCAAUUGUGCAAGUUCUCCCACUUAAAAAGAUGAGAGGCCUGUAAUUUUCAUCAUAGGUACACAUCAACUAUGACAGACAAAAUGAGAGAAAAAAAUCAAGAAAAUCACAUUGUAGGAUUUUUAAUGAAUUUAUUUGCAAAUUAUGGUGGAAAAUAAGUAUUUGGUCAAUAACAAAAGUUUCUCAAUACUUUGUUAUAUACCCUUUGUUGGCAAUGACACAGGUCAAAUGUUUUCUGUAAGUCUUCAAAAGGUUUUACACACUGUUGCUGGUAUGUUGGCCCAUUCCUCCAUGCAGAUCUCCUCUAGAGCAGUGAUGUUUUGGGGCUGUCGCUGGGCAACACGGACUUUCAACUCCCUCCAAAGAUUUUCUAUGGGGUUGAGAUCUGGAGACUAGCUAGGCCACUCCAGGACCUUGAAAUGCUUCUUACGAAGCCACUCCUUCGUUGCCCGGGCGGUGUGUUUGGGAUCAUUGUCAUGCUGAAAGACCCAGCCACGUUUCAUCUUCAAUGCCCUUGCUGAUGGAAGGAGGUUUCCACUCAACAUCUCACGAUACAUGGCCCCAUUCAUUCUUUCCUUUACACGGAUCAGUCGUCCUGGUCCCUUUGCAGAAAAACAGCCCCAAAGCAUGAUGUUUCCACCCCCGUGCUUCACAGUAGGUAUGGUGUUCUUUGGAUGCAACUCAGCAUUCUUUGUCCUCCAAACACGACGAGUUGAGUUUUUACCAAAAGGUUCUAUUUUGGUUUCAUCUGACCAUAUGACAUUCUCCCAAUCCUCUUCUGGAUCAUCCAAAUGCACUCUAGCAACUUCAGACGGGCCUGGUCAUGUACUGGCUUAAGCAGGGGGACACGUCUGGCACUGCAGGAUUUGAGUCCCUGGCGGCGUAGUGUGUUACUGAUGGUAGGCUUUGUUACUUUGGUCCCAGCUCUCUGCAGGUCAUUCACUAGGUCCCCCCGUGUGGUUCUGGGAUUUUUGCUCACCGUUCUUGUGAUCAUUUUGACCCCACGGGGUGAGAUCUUGCGUGGAGCCCCAGAUCGAGGGAGAUUAUCAGUGGUCUUGUAUGUCUUCCAUUUCCUAAUAAUUGCUCCCACAGUUGAUUUCUUCAAACCAAGCUGCUUACCAAUUGCAGAUUCAGUCUUCCCAGCCUGGUGCAGGUCUACAAUUUUUGUUUCUGGUGUCCUUUGACAGCUCUUUGGUCUUGGCCAUAGUGGAGUUUGGAGUGUGACUGUUUGAGGUUGUGGACAGGUGUCUUUUAUACUGAUAACAAGUUCAAACAGGUGCCAUUAAUACAGGUAACGAGUGGAGGACAGAGGAGCCUCUUAAAGAAGAAGUUACAGGUCUGUGAGAGCCAGAAAUCUUGCUUGUUUGUAGGUGACCAAAUACUUAUUUUCCACCAUAAUUUGCAAAUAAAUUCAUUAAAAAUCCUACAGUGUGAUUUUCUGGAAAUUCUUUUCUCAAUUUGUCUGUCAUAGUUGACGUGUACCUAUGAUGAAAAUUACAGGCCUCUCUCAUCUUUUUAAGUGGGAGAACUUGCACAAUUGGUGGCUGACUAAAUAAUUUUUUCCCCCACUGUAUUGAUUUGCAUUUUAAUGAGGGAAAUAAGUAUUUGACCCAUCUGCAAAACAUGACUUAGUACUUGGUUGCAAAACCCUUGUUGGCAAUCACAGAGGUCAGACGUUUCUUGUAGUUGGCCACCAGGUUUGCACACAUCUCAGGAGGGAUUAUGUCCCACUCCUCUUUGCAGAUCUUCUCCAAGUCAUUAAGGUUUCGAGGCUGACGUUUGGCAACUCGAACCUUCAGCACCCUCCACAGAUUUUCUAUGGGAAUAAGGUCUGGAGACUGGCUAGGCCACUCCAGGACCUUAAUGUGCUUCUUCUUGAGCCACUCCUUUGUUGCCUUGGCCGUGUGUUUUGGGUCAUUGUCAUGCAGGAAUACCCAUCCACAACCCAUUUUUAAUGCCCUGGCUGAGGGAAGGAGGUUCUCACCCAAGAUGUGACGGUACAUGGCGCCGUCCAUCAUCCUUUUGAUGUGGUGAAGUUGUCCUGUCCCCUUAGCAGAAAAACACCCCCAAAGCAUAAUGUUUCCACCUCCAUGUUUGACGGUGGGGAUGGUGUUCUUGGGGUCAUAGGCAGCAUUCCUCCUCCUCCAAACACGGCAAGUUGAGUUGAUGCCAAAGAGCUCCAUUUUGGUCUCAUCUGACCACAACACUUUCACCCAGUUCUCCUCUGAAUCAUUCAGAUGUUCAUUGGCAAACUUCAGACUGGCCUGUAUAUGUGCUUUCUAGAGCAGGGGGACCUUGCGGGCGCUGCAGGAUUUCAGUCCUUCACGGCGUAGUGUGUUACCAAUUGUUUUCUUGGUGACUAUGGUCCCAGCUGCCUUGAGAUCAUUGACAAGAUCCUCCCGUGUAGUUCUGGGCUGAUUCCUCAUCGUUCUCAUGAUCAUUGCAACUCCACGAGGUGAGAUCUUGCAUGGAGCCCCAGGCCGAGGGAGAUUGACUGACUGUUAUUUUGUGUUUCUUCCAUUUGCGAAUAAUCGCACCAACUGUUGUCACCUUCUCACCAAGCUGCUUGGCGAUGGUCUUGUAGCCCAUUCCAGCCUUGUGUAGGUCUACAAUCUUGUUCCUGACAUCCUUGGAGAGCUCGUUGGUCUUGGCCAUGGUGGAGAGUUUGGAAUCUGAUUGAUUGAUUGUUUCUGUGGACAGGUGUCUUUUAUACAGGUAACAAGCUGAGAUUAGGAGUACUCCCUUUAAGAGUGUGCUCCUAAUCGCAGCUCGUUACCUGUAUAAAAGACACCAGGGAGCCAGACAUCUUUUUGAUUGAGAGGGGGUCAAAUACUUAUUUCCCUCAUUAAAAUGCAAAUCAAUUUAUAACAUUUUUGACAUGCGUUUUUCUGGAAUCUUUUGUUGUUAUUCUGUCUCUCACGGUUCAAAAAAACCUACCAUUAAAAUUAUAGACUGAUCAUUUCUUUGUCAGUGGGCAAACGUACAAAAUCAGCAGGGGAUCAAAUACUUUUUUGCCUCACUGUAUGCUUUGUCCCUUUUACAGCGGAGGGAAAGUGCUCAGACAUGCCACAGUCCUAGGCUACUAAAAUGUUGCAGUCUGGCUUUGGUUUUUAAAGCUUGACAAUGAAUAACCAAAAAACAAAACCUACAACAAAAGCAGAAACAUGUAGGCCUAUUACAGCAACAUUUGAGCAGUAGCCUAGGCUGCCUACUCAACAGCAAGACAUUUUGAGCGCACCAUACAGCAAUGCUGCAUUCAAACGCGUCUUAAGUUGUUUAAAUGUUACAACAACCUAGCUACGUUUUUGUUAUUUUGGGUUUUUAAAUCCUUUUUUAUUAUGGUCGCAGUAUAUUAUGCACGUCUGCAAGCACAGCAGCAAAGGCUGGACAAAUACGGUAAAACUUAAAUUAAACGUCUAGUCUCAAAUAGCCGCUUGUCCCUUUUUUUAAUAGCCGGACAAUGGCACACAUUUCAGCAAAUAAAUGGCUGUUUCAAAUAAACACCUGGUCUAAAUGAAUUGUUUUACGAGGUUACCAUACAUUUUUUAAGCUGCAAUAUGUCACUUUUUGGGCGACCUGACCAAAUUCACAUAGAAAUGUGUGUUAUAGAUAUGUCAUUCAUAUUGAACGCAAGUCUAGGAAGCGGUAGAUCUCUUCUAUGUGAGCUACUUCUAUGCUUCCUGGUCUUAAGUUUUGUUUUAGCGUAUUUUACUUUUGGUUCUGUACUCCAGCUGAAAAUACAAUAUUUUUGGUUAUGGAAAAUAUUUCACAGCAGUUUAGAUGGUACAAUGAUUCUCUACACUAUACUUGCUUAUUUUGUCACAAACUGAAAUUAGACAAACUAUUAGAAUUUUUGCAAUCAGGAAAUGAUGGAGUGAUUUCUGCAUAGUGCAUCUUUAAAGUUUGAUCUGUUACAUAAAAAAAUUCAGUAGAUUCGAAAAAAUGAUGGCAAUCAUUUGUUUUUAUCUCCAGUAAGAAACUGUUAGCCAUUGGCUGCUAACAGCUGAGAACUGCUAGCUAAUAUGGGUCGUCAGAGCGGAAGAGGUAAUGAGAGAGGCCCAACUUGGCGGAAAAUAUAUCUCCCUCCAGCAGGUGGCGUUUUUAGUUUUUCCACCCACCAAGCAAGGAGUUUUUGUAUGGAGGUCAAAUUUUAUGGCUUAUUUGCUACGUGAGGUUUAUUUGAUUGAAUAGAAGUUUCGUAAUGCUUAUGUUGUUACGAGUGUACUGAUAUAAGUAGGACACGCAUCAUCCCUGCAACUUUGAGAAAAAACACUAUCGAGAUGGCAAUGUAUAUUCAUGGCAUUAGGCUAGUAGCAUAGCAUCUCUCUCCAUUGAAUACAGGUGGGUUACGUCAACCCUCAUCAAAUUUUCAAAAAAGUAUUAAGAUAAUGAGAUGUAUCCACCAAUCCAAAGAAAGGAUAGGUGGGAGCUAGACAGCCCGCCGUGCUGCUUUGUGGACUACUACUCCCAUUGUUAGGGCAGAGAGACAAGUGUCUUGUCAGUAUAUCUAUAAUCUUUGGGGUCGUUCGGGAACUAGUGGCUCUUUUUGUACUGAUCUUUUUGGUGAACGUCGGGAAACCGAAUUGCAUCGGUGAAAGUGACGUUCAUUUGGCUCCCUGAUUUGCAUACUGCUAUUGCUGCUUUUUGAUCUCAAAACAAUGAUUAUCUGCAGAUAACUUACAAAAUAAUUAUCUAAAGAAGGUGCGUAGAAUCCUCACUGCAGAAACAAUAAAUAGUGGGGAGGGCACGUCAUUCUGGUCCACGCUCAUUUUUGCAGUGCAUUAAAAUUUUUUUAAACAAAAUGUAUAUACAUACACACACACACACACACACAACCGUUCAAAAGUUUGGGGUCACUUAGAAAUGACAUUUUUUUGUCCAUUAAAAUAACAUCAAAUUGAUCAGAAAUACAGUGUAGAUAUUGUUAAUGUUGUAAAUGACUAUUUUAGCUGGAAACUGCAGAUUUUUUAUGGAAUAUCUACAUAGGCGUACAGAGGCCCAUUAUCAGCAACCAUCAGUCCUGUGUUCCAAUGGCACAUUGUGUUUGCUAAUCCAAGUUUAUCAUUUUAAAAGGCUAAUUGAUCAUUAGAAAACCCUUUUGCAAUUAUGUUAGCACAGCUGAAAACUGUUGUGCUGAUUAAAGAAGCAAUAAAACUGGCCUUCUUGAGACUAGUUGAGUAUCUGGAGCAUCAGCAAUUGUGGGUUCGAUUACAGGCUCAAAAUGGCCAGAAACAAAUAACUUUAUUUUGAAACUCGUCAGUCUAUUCUUGUUCUGAGAAAUUAAGGCUAUUCCAUGUGAGAAAUUGCAAAGAAACUGAAGAUCUCGUACAAUGCUGUGUAAUACUCCCUUCACAGAACAGCGCAAACUGUCUCUAACCAGAAUAGAAAGAGGAGUGGGAGGCCCCGGUGCACAACUGAGCAAGAGGACAAAUACAUUAGUGUCUAGUUUGAGAAACAGGCGCCUCACAGGUCCUCAACUGGCAGCUUCAUUAAAUAGUACCUGCAAAACACCAGUCUCAACAUCACCAGUGAAGAGGCGACUCCGGGAUGCUGACCUUCUAGGCAGAGUUGCAAAGAAAAAGCCAUCUCAAACUGCCCAUCUUAAUCUUUUCUUUUUAUUGGCCAGUUUGAGAUAUGGCUUUUCCUUUAAUGGACAAAAAAAAAUCAUUUUUUUUUUUAAACAAGGACAUUUCUAAGUGACUCUAAACUAUAUAUAUAGAUAGCCUACUUUUGGGGCUUUACAUUGGAGAUUUGCAAUAUUUUUCUGUUUCUAGGUCGAUUUCUAAGCAUUUAGAACGAAGAGCCGUUUGGGAGCCAAAUGAGACGUCUCUUUUACUUGAACGGAGCCAAAUGAGCCGGUUCAUCGAAAAGACUCAGAAUGCCCAUCACUACUAGCUAACUGGCAAGCACAAAAGCAGUCAACAACUUCGGGAGUACAGACCAGGGUUGCCAGGUCAAACUAAAAUUUCUAGUCCAAUGACUUCUCAAAACCUGCCCACAAGGCCUGAAAACUAGCCCAAUUAAUUAUUUUGCAGCAAGAGAUGACCUGCCACAUUUAUCCAAUAAACCCUUUUUCCAUAACGUUAUCUAGUGAAUUAAGAAAGAAUGUCAACGUAAUUUGUAACGAUGUAGGCUAAGAAGCAUAAUAAUAAUUAUUGCGAGUUUAAGAAUGUCCCAAGAAAAAAUAUGAUUUGCCCUUAUUAAACUGGCCAGAUCAUUUUCCAUCAAUGGAUGUCAAUUUAACUUGUUUGACUGCAAUGAUUAAGCAUAAAUCCCGAGGAGGUGUGGUAGGAUUAAUGAGUUUGACAUCUACUGUCCAACUUUCAUCACUCAAUCUCUGUGCAAGAAACACUUGGCCCAUAUACAGUGAGGGAAAAAAGUAUUUGAUCCCCUGCUGAUUUUGUACGUUUGCCCACUGACAAAGAAAUGAUCAGUCUAUAAUUUUUAUGGUAGGUUUAUUUGAACAGUGAGAGACAGAAUAACAACAAAAAAAUCCUGAAAAAUGCAUGUAAAAAAUGUUAUAAAUUGAUUUGCAUUUUAAUGAGGGAAAUAAGUAUUUGAACCCUCUGCAAAACAUGACUUAGUACUUGGUGGCUAAAUCCUUGUUGGCAAUCAUAGAGGUCAGACGUUUCUUGUAGUUGGCCACCAGGUUUGCACACAUCUCAGGAGGGAUUUUGUCCCACUCCUCUUUGCAGAUCUUCUCCAAGUCAUUAAGGUUUCGAGGCUGACGUUUGGCAAUUCAAACCUUCAGCUCCCUCCACAGAUUUUCUAUGGGAUUAAGGUCUCGAGACUGGCUAGGCCACUCCAGGACCUUAAUGUGCCUCUUCUUGAGCCACUCCUUUGUUGCCUUGACCGUGUGUUUUGGGUCAUUGUCAUGCUGGAAUACCCAUCCACAACCCAUUUUCAAUGCCCUGGCUGAGGGAAGGAGGUUCUUACCCAAGAUUUGACUGUACAUGGCCCGUCCAUCGUCCCUUUGAUGCGGUGAAGUUGUCCUGUCCCCUUAGCAGAAAAACACCCCCAAAGCAUAAUGUUUCCACCUCCAUGUUUGACGGUGGGGAUGGUGUUCUUGGGGUCAUAGGCAGCAUUCCUCCUCCUCCAAACACGGCGAGUUGAGCUGAUGCCAAAGAGCUCCAAUUUGGUCUCAUCUGACCACAACACUUUUGCCCAGUUCUCCUCUGAAUCAUUCAGAUGUUCAUUGACAAACUUCAGACGGGCAUGUAUAUGUGCUUUCUUGAGCAGGGGGACCUUGCGGGCGCUGCAGGAUUUCAGUCCUUCACGGCGUAGUGUGUUACCAAUUGUUUUCUUGGUGACUAUGGUCCCAGCUGCCUUGAGAUCAUUGACAAGAUCCUCCCGUGUAGUUCUGGGCUGAUUCCUCACCGUUCUCAUGAUCAUUGCAACUCCACGAGGUGAGAUCUUGCAUGGAGUCCCAGGCCGAGGGAGAUUGACAGUUAUUUUGUGUUUCUUCCAUUUGCGAAUAAUCGCACCUACGGUUGUCACCUUCUCACCAAGCUGCUUGGCGAUGGUCUUGUAGCCCAUUCCAGCCUUGUGUAGGUCUACAAUCUUGUCCCUGACAUCCUUGGAGAGCUCUUUGGUCUUGGCCAAGGUGGAGAGUUUUGAAUCUGAUUGAUUGAUUGCUUCUGUGGACAGGUGUCUUUUAUACAGGUAACAAGCUGAGAUUAGGAGCACUCCCUUUAAUAGUGUGCUCCUAAUCUCAGCUCGUUACCUGUAUAAAAGACACCUGGGAGCCAGAAAUCUUUCUGCUUGAGAGGGGGUCAAAUACUUAUUUCCCUCAUUAAAAUGCAAAUCAAUUUAUAACAUUUUUGACAUGCAUUUUUCUGGAUUUUGUUGUUGUUAUUCUGUCUCUCACUGUUCAAAUAAACAUACCAUUAAAAUUAUAGACUGAUCAUUUCUUUGUCAGUGGGCAAACAUACAAAAUCAGCUGGGGAUCAAAUACUUUUUUCCCUCACUGUAAUAAAAAAUAACUUUGACAAACUCCAAAAACGAUUGUUAGGCUAUUUUCUGGCAAUUGUGCAGUUAAGACUACAAACCAUAAUAAAUUGCCUAUUUGCGAGAUUGACUUAUUUCAAUAGGCAUAGGCUACUGACUAAAAUCUGGGUUUAUAAUUGCAAUUCAGCUUUGCCAUGGUUUGCUGAGCUAGAUGCAGGUAGCCUAUAGCCCCUGAUAGGCCAACAUCUCAUUUCAGGGAAAAGUCCACAAUGAAACUGACAUUAAAUGUGGAGAAUACUACAUUUGCUAUAGAUCUGUGACCAUGAUCACAAUUUAUAACUUCCAAUUUAAUUAACUAAACAUGGCCAUUUAAUAACUGCAUAAUAACACAAGGCUACAACAACAAUAAACUGAAGUCUAGGUUUGUGGUAUAUUGGCCAUAUACCACAAACCCCCAAGGUGCCUUAUUGCUAUUAUAAACUGGUUACCAAUGUAAUUAAAGCAGUAACAAGAAUUUGUCAUACCCGUGGUAUACGGUCUGAUAUACCACGGCUGUCAGACAAUCAGCAUUCAGGGCUCGAACCACCCAGUUUAUAAAAAUGAAUAGCCUACUUGAUGGCCAACAGAUGCAAAUAUAUCAUUCUCCACAUUUAAUGUCAGUUUCAUUGUGGACUUUUCCCCCAUAACAGAAGCACGCGAGGGGGUUUCAUAACUUCCAUUUCAAAUGCCAUGGCGGCAUGGAAGUAGCCCAAAAACCCGAAACUCGCGAGUAAUACAUUAUUACCCGCAACAUCGUUUUCAAAGUAGCCCCAUUUGGCCGAAAAACAGUGGACAUGGCAACCCUGGUACAGACCCCUAGAAAUUGUUUGAUCGCCCUCUAGUGGCAAAAGUAAGAACUGGCCAAAAAGGCACAGUCGGAGGAGAAUAAUUAUUCUGUCAAGGAAAGGUAUAUUAUAUAUUUUUGAGUCAUACUAAGACAAAAGAAACGUGACACAUUGGUGCAGGAAAUGAAGAAAUUGAUAAAUGCUGGAAUUAAACAAUUAACUAUGCAAAUGAGCAAAAGCUGUGUGCAUUAAGGAAAUGGAUGCCUGGCUCAAAUAAAAGCCUGUCUCUGAGUACCUGUUGUCUUCAGUGAUUUAAGCAAAUAAACGCUGGGGUUUUUAAUGGAAGUUUUACGGUAGGCUAUUAUUUAUAUAUUUUUAUUUGUUAAUGCUAUAUACAGGGUCCUAUGUACAUAAGUGGACAUUUUAUAAAGGGGCAUAUUUUUUAAAUAAAACAAUGGCCAGUUUGGGUUGCAGUUGUAUGCACUUGUUUUUGUAAAAACAAACAGUCUGGCCCUCAAAUUAGUUUUUGUUUUUUCAGUAUGGCCCAUGCGGUGAUUUGAGUUUGUGAUCAUUAUCCGAUGUGGAUAACCAUAACUGUGUCUUGUCCUGUCGUCCUCCACAGAGAACUACACACUCCUGUCCCGUGUAAGGAACAAGCCCUACGAUGUGUUUGGCUGCUGGCUGAACGAAACCCACCUCAUCUCUGGCAACCUGCACUGGAUCGGCAACAUGACCUCCUGCUCUGUGCUCUGGCUCAACAAAGCCUUUCAGGUCAGUCCCAUACAUGGUCAAAAUGUUAUGGUUGAUAGAGGACAAAACAGUUGUGGAACUAUUUAUAUAGUGACCAUUUUGACUGGAUCAUUGUGUGACUGGUCAAACUGAGAUAAAUUGUGGAUGUCUCUCACACAGAAUUGUGAAUUGAUCAGUUUCUUUGUCUGGGGAUAUAGUCCAUGUCAGCUAUCUCUCUCUCUCUCUCCUAGUCACAGCUAUCAGCCCCCUAAGUAUAUUUGCUUAGGUUCCUCCCAGUCUAAUGACCUAAAUGUAUUUUAUAGGCAUGCAUGACCCGUAUCCUUUUUCUCCCCAGGACGUGGAGUCUGAGAAUGUCAACGUGGUCAAGCGGCUCUUUAAGAUCCAGAACAUCAACGCCAGCACCAUCCGCACCGUGAUGGUGGCCCACUGCCGGCGCCACGACUCCCCAGACCUGCUGCUGGACUACGAGGCCCAGGCUCAGAGCCAGCCACUGAGCCACCAGCCCCUGCUCUUUGACCUGGGAACCACUGACAGUGAGGAGGAGGAGGAGGACGAAGAGCGCCGGAGGGAGAUGAGACUGCAGGGUUUGUCAGCAGCCCACCUGCCUCAGCUCACCCCCUCUGGGCUAGAGCAUGUCAUACAGGUGAGCACUCCCAAAGGUUGUGUGUUACAGUAGAGUAGGCCAGUAUGAAAACAACAUGUAUUGCUUUGUAACCAAUGGAAAGUCUACGAAGUAGUCUCAUUUGGCCACAUGCACUAUGACUUCAUCUCUUUGUCUCCAUCUUUAUAAGGAAUGGGAAUUUGACAUUAUUUCACUAUAUCAUGAUAUUUUUUCAACUAUCCGGAUAGUCGAAAUUACAACAAAUAAAAUAUAAAUGUUCUCAACCAAUCAAAAUGACACAAAUGCACAUGGCAGAGGUAAACAGCGGACAGGCUGCUUUUCUCCUCUAGUGAAAAGUCUGAUUUUCGCCAUGAUGGAACUGAUUUUGUUAAGGUUUUCUGGUGAGUGUUUUGCAUUGAUCUGUCUCAGGUCUUGUGCAAACUCUGUUAGCUGCGCCCCUGUAAUUGCCAUUUGAAGUGGGGAAAAUAGCAUACAGAUCUCAGGGCAGACUGGGGGGCUAAUGCCGCGUUCAUGUGCUUGUCAGAACUUCCCAUUUCCUAGAUGUGAUGUCGGAAAUACGACUGUUUCUUUCAUGUGCUUUUUGGCCGGAACAAUUGUUCAACCAACAAGAUUUUAGCAAGCUUGAUAAGCUAGCUAACAUUGCUAAUAAUACAGUUAGCUUGCUUCACAUUGACAGUAUGGUCAAACUAGCUACAUUAUCCAUAUUGAUAAGGUUGUAGUAGUUGUCAAAAAAAUGUUUCAUCUUUUGGUUGAAAAGGUCAGUGGUGAAACGUUGCAACUCGGUCCACUUGUAAUUCCGAUUUGGAGGGUCGUUCAAGUGAAACUUCCCAGUUGGAACUAGGAAUUUCCGAUAACUCCGAUAGCAUGUGAACGUGUCAUAAAUGCGCAGCAGCAGCUCAACGCAUGUUAUAAAAACUACAUUCAAAAUGUUUUAUUAAAUUAAAGGCCCAGUGCAGUCAAAAACGUGAUUUACUGUGUUUUAUAUACACAGUGUACUAAACAUUAAUAUUGAGUUGCACCCCCUUUUGCCCUCAGAAUAGCCUCAAUUCGUUGGGGUGUGGAAAGCGUUCCACAGGGAUGCUCGCCCAUGUUGACUCCAAUGCUUCCCCCAGUUGUCGAGUUGGCUGGAUGUCCUUUGGGUGGUGCACCAUUCUUGAUUCACAAGGGAAACUGUUGAAUGUGAAAAACACAGCAGUGUUGCAGUGCAGCAGUUUACUGUAGGUAUGGUAGUACUGUAGGUUCAAAGGCACUUACAUAUUUUGUCUUGCCAUUCAAUCUCUGAAUGGCACACAUACACGAUCCAUGUCUCGAGGCUUAAAUAGCCUUAUUUACCCUGUCUUCUCCCCUUCAUCUACACUGAUUGAAGUGGAUUUAACAAGUGACAUCAAUAAGGGAUGAUAGUCAGUCUGUCAUGGAAAGAGCAUGUUGUUCCCAAUGUUUUGUACACUAUGAGAUUGGAAUAAUACUGUGAAAAUGAUGACGAUCCCCUUUUAGUGUAAGAGCUGUUUGAAAAUGCAGGGUGAAAUUUCAGCCUGUUUUGAUGGGAUUGAGUUUUGGCCUGCCUUGUGACAUCACCAGGCGGUACAUUCAUUAAUAGACCAAUAAGAGAACAUUCCAAACCUCUCUGCCAAUAACAGCUAAUUUUCAGUCUUCCCCUCCCCACUCAGACCACUCCGAUAGUCCUAGCAAAAUUCUUGCUUGAGAAAUUGCUCUUUGCGAAGAAGCUAUUUGUGUUUCUUUUUGACCAUUUUAAUUGAAAACAUUCACAAUAAGGUACUUGAAGUGGCAGUAGAAACAAUAACAAAGCGGUGUCCCUGCCCCUGGUUUGGUAAAAAGCUGAUGGGCCUGGAGAAAUGUAACCACUCUCAAAUGCAUAGACAGAGCUAUGGAUGUAAGGACUGCCCAUCCAUGAAAUCAAAAUGUAUAGUUUUAACCAUGUUUUGCUAUAUAGUUUGUAAACAAAGAAAGUAUAAACAAACAUUGGAGUAAAACAAGCUUAUAUUUUGGGUUCUGAUGACAGUUGAACUAAGCUCAUGAGGCAAUCUACAUUUAUAUAUUCUUUAAAAAUCAAUGAGUACAUAUCAUUAAUUCACAAGUCCAAAAAUGGAUGUAGCAACUGCUGAUUGCCCGUUUAAUUGUUACCCAGAAAUUAUUAGACGUUGACGUUGAUGACGUUAAAAGGUCCAAUGCAGCCGUUUUAAGUAUUUCAAAUGUCAUGGUAUAUCCUUUUAGGUAACAAUGUCACAAGGAUAAUUACAUUUGUAACAAAGCAUUGUCAAAAUCUAAAAAAAUUACCACCCACUCAAGUAAUCUAAUACUAACAUCCGUUCGGUUAUUCGAUUAACUGUGCCCAUCCCUAAUCUUGAUUGAGUACUCGCUGACCCUUUCUCCCCUCUCCCUCUGGUGCCCUAGGGUCGUCACAGUGAAGCCCCAGAGGCGAGGGAGCUGGAGACCAAGUGGGCCCAGCUCAUGGCUAGAGCCCACACCAAGGCCCCAGACCCCAACGUGCUCUCCUCGGCCCCUGGGGACGAAGAGGACAAGACCUACCUGCUCUUCACCACCGGCAGCCUUACCUACUCCCCCCACCAGAUUGGUAUCAAGCGGAUCAUGCCUGACCAGAUGACCACGUCUGGGCCUGUCCUGGGAGAGGAGCGCAGCACUGACGAGUUCUUUGACUCUCUGGACCAUGUGAUCGACAUCCACGGCCACAUCAUCGGCAUGGGCCUGUCUCCAGACCACAGGUGAGGGAGUGAAUGUUAGUCAUGGGCAGCAGUGUGAAGAGGCUGGGUAAUUUGGUUGCAAAGCUACAGGUGCAAAGAUGUGGCAGGAGGAGUGUACCUGAAACCCCUUGAAUAACUGUCAUCGUAACCUCAUAGUAACUAUUUGUCUUGCAAAAUCACCUUGCUUUCCUCACUUUGUUUUUAAUGCUGAACAAGUACACCUUAACCAAGACCGUCCAUGCUGUUGUCCAUCUGUCCAGGUAUCUGUAUGUGAACAGUCGGGCGUGGCCGGCGGGCUGCGUGAUCUCUGACCCCAUGUCUCCGCCCCCCAUUGCCGAGGAGAUCGACCUGCACGUCAUUGACCUGAAAAGCCUGCGGGAGGAGAGGCGGAGCCUGAGGGCCCACCGAGCCUUCACGCCCAACGACGAGUGCUUCUUCAUCUUCCUGGAUGUCAGCAGAGACUUUGUGGCCAGGUAUGUAUGUCACAUCUGCUGUAACAGUUACAGGCAGGAUGGGGUUACUAUGGUUGUGUUUAUAAAGAAUUUAAUAUCCCUUUUGCAAAGUUGUCUGUGUAAUGAUAUUGGGCUUUUGUGGCCGAUACUAACAGGGAGUAAUUGUGUGGAUUAUAUGAAGGACAUGUUUGACCAUAUGCAGAUUUCUGAUUUGAUAACACCAUAAUCCUGUUCAGAAUGUGUCUUAUGAAGUUGACAAAAUAUAAUGGAAACCUCAGCUGAGCACAGAAAUCACUUACUUUACUAGUCAUUCACCAGUGACUUGUCUAUCGCUCUCCUCCUAGUGGUGCAGAGGACAAACACGGUUACAUCUGGGACCGCCACUACAACAUCUGUCUGGCGCGGCUGCAGCACGACGACGUGGUCAACUCAGUGGCCUUCAGCCCGGCUGACCAGGAGCUGCUGCUCUCCGCCAGCGACGACUCCACCAUCAAGGUGUGGCGCUCGCCGCGCAUGGUCCGCCUGGCCCACGCCCCACGCCCACGCCCACGCAACCUCCUCUCCUGGCUGGGCCGCAACAAGAACGCCACCUCCAACAACGGGGAACUCUGAGACAAGGGGACUGGGGAAAGACUCUUUCAUGGUGACGCACACUCCAGGAGUAGCUAUCUUCAGUGUGGGCAAAUCACACUGUUUUAUCUUGAACUCACUAUCCACCUAAUGACAUGUGAGAGCUGGGGUAAGCCACAAGGAGGCGCAACAGUCCUCUCCAUAAAUGUCCUUUUGAAAGGUGACACCUAGCAAGGUGAAUUGCUUCUAAGGUGAAGAUCAUACCCUACAGGCAAGUUCCUCCUGGACCUUUGCAAAGUCUGGGGGGAAUGACAUUUAUUUGUUAUAAUGAUCAUGUUUCCAAUUCAGGAGAGAAAAUGAUAGUUUGUUCAUUGAAGGAAGAGGAGAGAUGUGGACACUAAAAUAUGGUCAAAGAUUACCCCAUAUCUGGUCUUGUCUUCGGUUUUUAAGUCUUUCGCUCUGUGUGUGUGUAUGUAUGUCUGUAUACACGUGUUUGUAUAUAUUCUUUCACGUUUUUUAAUGUUGGGUUGUACUAUCACAUCAGUGAUGUCAUGAUUGCAGAGCUGAGGACGUCUGAAAUUACCUAUCCCAGUUCGUCAUGCAUUAUCAUUUUAUUGUGCAUUGAAACAUAUUGUAAAAUUAAGUUAAAUGUCUUGCUGUUUCAUUUUUUUCCUCCACUGGCUAUUCUGCAACUUUACGCCAGCUUUGAGUGAACUUUAAAAAUAAAUAAGAAAUUCCUAUCACUUUCAUGAUAGGUUCAAUCUGUGAGUAAGUUGCCAAACACACAAGUAUUCAACCAAAGACUGAGAUUCUCAACAUUAAGUCACCACAAUUUCAUAUCAAUAAUUUCUUUAGGACAGAUGCAAAAUAAGUUUUAUUGUCAAGAGAUCCAUUAUGUCUCAGGUUCAGCUACUUUUCUUUUUUUUUUUUUACAGUCAGUUAUUUGGUUGUAUCAGGUAUAGGACUGUGACGAUCAUGACAUUUUGUCAGCUGGUUGUCAUGCAACUGACUGCCAGUCUCACGGUAAUGGACCGUUAAUUAACAAACAGGUUCAGCAUCUCCAUGCAUACAACCUGCUACAAGCCGCUGAUGCAAGCCUUUGGAACAUCUACGUUUAAAAAAAGUAACAAAACCAUUUAAUAUAUACCAUCACAAUAAAUCCAUGUAUUUUAGGCAGGUCUAAAGAAACAUGAUAUGAAGGAAAUGAGU